CCACUUGCGUUCACGCCACCGAGACGCGAUGCUGCUCGAACCCGAACUUGUCGAGUACAUUGCGGCGUACAUUGCGUGCCCGUCGGCAUGGCUCGCGUUCCUCUCGGCGAUGCCCCGCUGGUCGCUGCGCCGCCCGCUGCAGAGCCUCCUCCGACUGUACCCGAGCGUGCUCCAGCGCGGCCCGCGCCUCGUGCUGCCCAAGAUCUCGCCCGAUCACGUCGAGGAUAUUCGUGCUGCCAUGCCGCUCUACACAAUCGUCGAGCUCUCCGACUGGAGCAACGUGCGCCACGCGAUCAACGUGGUCGUGCCGUCCGUGGACGUUGAGAUCGCCAACGUCAAGUCGUUUGAUGUGCUCUCGACCGCGAUGGCGCGGUGGCCAUUGCAGCUCGUCGCGUGCAAGGUCGACAUUGGACCCGAAGUGCUCUUCUCGUCACUCGACGUGGCGGCCGCGUGCGCCGAGAUGCAACGCUCAUGUCCGCGCCUAGCGUCCUUGGAUCUAUGCUGGCAGCGGCUCAUGGCGCCCGCCGAGCAAGACGCGCUCGUCGCCUGCAUCUGCGCGUCGUCGCAGCUCACGCACUUGCGCAUUGCCUCGUUCAUGGCGAUCGUCUUGACCGACGACAACACAUGCAAAUUGGCGUCGUGGCUCGAACGCGCCCGCUGUGUGCACACGAUCGCGUUCGAAUCGGUAGCCUUUUCGCUCCAGUCGGAAAGCGCCGUGUGCCAUGCGCUCCGGCGCCACGUGCCAACGCUACGGUCGCUCAAGCUCGCGUUCACACCGUCGCUCGCACGCGCCUUGCUCAACGGCCGGCAGCUGCCCACGUCGCUGCCACGUCUUGAAAUCGUCGGCAGCAUCGAGACGGUCGACAUUGCGCCGUCCAUGGCGGCCAUGAUGGCCGAGUCGCUCGCCGAGUCGCACUUGACGCACUGCACGCUUUCGAGCAACCACUGCUUGCACAACCCGAGCGUCGCGGGCCUCAUCUUUGGCGCGUUACCGCACAUGGUGUACCUCCGGCACCUCAAUUUGACCUACAACGGACUCGAUACGGUCGCGUGCGAGGUGCUUGCCACGACGCUGCCGAAAAUACAGCACCUGGUGAGCCUCAACGUCGAAAACAACUUUUUGCGCGACGUGGGCUGCGCGAUCCUGGCGACGGCGCUUCCGCACUGCGCCUCGCUCCAGACGCUGCAUCUUGGUCAUAACUUCAUUGGCGACGUUGGCGUCCGCGCGCUCUGCAUGGCGGUGCGCAGCUCGACGUCGCUGACGACGCUGACGCUGGGCGGGAACGAGGUGACGGCCGUCGGCGCCGCGCAGUUGGCGCGUUUGGUGCAAGAAGCCAAGUGCCCGACGCUGACCACGCUGGACGUGGCACUCAACCCGCACUUGCAAGUCGACGGCGUCUUGCGGCUCCUGCAUGGCGUGCACCACUCGAGCGUCCAGCUCACCGUCUCGGGCUUGGCGCUGCCACCGCGUCAGCUUCGGAAAUGUGUGUCCUUGAUCGAGCAGCUCGAACUGCCGGCGACCUUGCUCACGUAGCACUUGGUUUCGAGUCUUGUGGUUUAUAUACUAAAUGGUUGUUGCCAUAACGUUAGUGUACAUUGUACAACUUGGUCGGAG